AUCAACGGCAACGGGUGGACCAAAGUGGCAGUGAAAAAAAGUCAGAACGGAUUAACGCAUUUCGAGACACGCGGCUACGGGAAAAACGGGCAGCAGCACAAUAAAAAUACUUUUUUUUUUUUUUUUUGUUUCGUAUACAUCUACACAUAUACACGCACACACGUAAAUUAAAUUAAAUGUAUGUGUAUUAACAACUACUAGCCAUUCAGUCAACCAGCCAGCCAGUCAGCUAACCAGCCCCAAAGUACCAACCCGCCAGCCAUUGAGUGAAAAAAUACAAAAACAAGAACAACAAAAGCACCUACGACAACAACGUGUGUGUAUGUGCGUGCCCAAAGUGUAACAGUGUGUGUUUGUGUGUGUGUAUACAGAUAUAUAUAUGGCUAGCUGUGAGAGUGUAACAAAUCAUAGAGGUUGAACGUGGUUUAUAUAUAGAAAAUUAACGCACAGCUGAACAUCUUUUUAUGCUUCGUUUUACAAAAAGUUUUUGUGAAAAAAUUUAAGAAAAUUAUCCGGGAAAUUUUCCCUAAAGAAAUUCUCAAAAGAAAAGUUUUUAUUUUUUAAAAAAAGAAGUGCCAAAAAAUCGCUACAAAAAUCUCUUUGAAGAUCGUGGGGGUGCAUGUGAAAGUGAGCUGCACAAAAAAAAUUGGAUCACAUUUUCUCAAUUUCCUCUGCGAAACGUGCCCAUUUUGCUGAUCGUGUCAAAAUAAAAAAAAUCAAGAAAAGUUGCAAAAUUUGAAAAAAAAGAAAGUGUUCCCAAGAAAUAUUUAAAAUUUUGAAGAAAAAAUAUUCGAAAAAUUGCAAAUAAUUGUCAGUGUUCUCUGUUUUGCGAAAAAAGAAAAAUUGAUUUGUGCGUGAGUGUGUGUGUGUGAGAAAAGAGGAAAAGCCAGAGCAGCAUUACGUUAAGAAAAUGCUAGAAAAAUGUAUUGUUCGUGUGAUAAGUUGAUGACACAUAUUUCACUUGUUUUGACCGCAUUCCUGCUGUUUUAUUUCAUCUGCCUGCCACCCAACCUCAAUCAAGUGGAAGCCUCGGCCGAGGAUGAAGCUGUUGCGAAAUGGGCCAGUCAAUUCGGCGACGAGCUGUGGGAGCUCGCCCAGAUAAUGACAAAAUCCAAAGAAAUCAAGGCUAAAUACAAAGAAUACAAUGCCCGGGUGGAGUUCAAAAAUGGCAAAGAACUCAUCCAAUCGAUAACGAAAAAUGUGGGCCGAAUGUUGGCCCGCAAAAUGGAGGCUGUGCGCUGUAUCAUGGAAAUGGCCGAGAGAGAAUAUGAAAAUUUUGUUUUCAAUGAAACGGAGGCUGAGAAUUUCACUUACUAUUCGAGUAAAUUUUCGAAGUUUGAAAAUCACAGUUCGGAAGAGUUGAUUGGGGCAUUGGCGGAGACCAAUGCCGAUAUGUACAAAGAUUUCAAUUUGAAUCCAGAUACACAUUUCUAUAAUAUUUCUGUGGAUACGGAGCAUAGUGCGGUGCAUGUGCCGUCGAAUGUGUAUGAUAAACAUCCUCCCGUCCUGGAGGCCAUCAUGUGGACGGAGGCCCUGGAUGAGAUCUUUAGACAAAACUACAAGUCUGAUCCCGCCCUGUCAUGGCAAUAUUUUGGCUCUGACACCGGCAUUCUAAGACAUUUUCCUGCCAUCCAGUGGGAUGAAUCGGAUGAGGACAGUAAUGCUGACAUCUACGAUUGUCGCAAACGUUCAUGGUACAUUGAAACGGCCACCUGUUCCAAGGAUAUUGUAAUUCUGCUGGACAACUCAGGGUCCAUGGUUGGUUUCCCCCAGCACGUGGCCAAAUUCACAAUACGCAGCAUUUUGGAUACCUUCUCGAACAAUGAUUUCUUUACGAUUUUCAACUAUUCGGCCACGGUGGAUGAUGUCAUACCCUGCUUCAAAGAUGCCCUGGUCCAGGCAACCCCGGAAAAUAUUGGUGUAUUUAAUCAUGCCAUAAGCAAGUUAAAACCCACGGGAUAUGCAAAUCUGACCAUAGCAUAUACCAAGGCCUUUGAAUUGCUUAAAGAGUACUACAUAAAACGUGACUGCAAUACCACCCAUAAAUGUAAUCAGGCCAUUAUGGUGGUCACAGAUGGUGUAGCCGGCAAUACGACAGAAGUUUUCCAAACCUAUAACUGGGGUGAUGGAGAAAAUGGUACAAUGAGUAUGAAUGUUCGAAUAUUUACUUAUCUGCUGGGCAAGGAGGUUACCAAAGUGGAGGAGAUACAAUGGAUGGCAUGUCUGAAUCGAGGGUAUUAUUCUCAUGUUCAGACACUGGAUGAGGUGCAAGAUGAAUCGUUGAAAUAUGUAGAUGUUAUAGCAACGCCGUUGGUGCUGCAGGACAUAGAUCAUCCGCCAACGUGGACUCAUGCUUUUACGGAUAAAACGUAUAAACCCGAGGGAAAUUCCACAAAUGCCCGCCUCAUGAUAGCUGUGGGUGUACCGGCCUUCGAUCGUUCCUAUUUGAAACCGAAUGCAACCAAAAAAGCCAGACUUCUGGGUGUGGCUGGCACCGAUGUACCAGUGGAAGAUAUCGAUAAGCUGACAUUACCAUAUAAGCUGGGUGUAAAUGGUUAUUCAUUUGUGGUCUCUAACAAUGGCUACGUGCUGCUACAUCCUGAUCUAAGGCCCAUUGGGUACAACGGUGUCAUGAAUCCCAACUACAAUAGUAUCGAUUUCACCGAAGUUGAGCAGCUGUCUGAAGAUGACAUACCCCGUGAACCGGGUCCAUUGAUUUUGAGGCUACGCGAACGUUUGGUACACAAUGAGACGGGAGAGCUGAUUGGCAUUAGUGUUAAAAUGCAUUAUGAUAAAAUGCGUAGGGUCAUCGAUCAACAGCAGGACUAUUUCUUUGCUCCUCUGCCGAAUACACCGUUCAGUUUGGGUAUUGUCUUGCCAAGUACCUAUGGCAAGACAUGGAUUAAAGUUGGCGAUGAAGUUUUGAAAAAUAUCCAUAUGAAAGUUAAUAUAUCGGAUUUCUUUACGGGCGACAAUUGGAAAGUCCAUCCGGAUUGGGUGUAUUGUAAAUAUCAUUAUUUGGAAGGUCAUGAAUUUAAAACGCCCGAGGAUGAGCUAAGGCACUUUUUGAAGAAAAUGGUCCAACCCGAUUGGGGUUGGUAUGAACAGUAUGCCGACGAUGUGGACAGUGAGGGGAAUGCUGCAAGAAGAAGAUUUCGUACCAAGAGAAGAAACUGUAGCCGUACCAAUCUGGAUGAGGAUGCCUAUUAUUGCAAUAAGGAAUUGGUCCAGUUGCUUAUUUUCGAUGCCAAGGUAACCUACUCCAGUUAUGGAGUGUGGAAAUUUAAAAAUGACGAGGAACGAGCUUUGAUUGAACGUUUUGGGGCAAGUCAACGAUUUGUGGCCACAAUGAGUGGUCUGACGCGUUGGCAAUUUAUCUAUGCCGAAGAGGAAAAUAACAAUGAUCGGGAAUUUGGUGAUUAUCAUACCAAGGCCAUUGAUGAAACGUGGUAUCGUAGUGCCAUUUUACAACAUCACUCAGAGUUGACGGAAACUUUUGUUUAUUCGGUGAAACAUGCGGCCGAUCCGCAGGAGCAUAAACAGCUACAGGUUAUGGCUUCACAUGCGAUUUUCCCUCGAGACGGUGGCAAGGAGGCCCCAGCUUGUGUGGUGGGUUUUCAGUUUUCAUAUGCUCUGAUGUAUGAACGUUUCUACAAUAUAACCAGCAUGGAUAAUUGCAAUGGCUGCAUAAAAACCUGUAACAGCGACGAAAAGGAAUGCUAUGUCAUUGACAACAAUGGCUACAUUAUUUUGGCCCACAAUCCCAAUCACACGGGUAUUUUCUUUGGUGAAUAUCAUGCUGAGAUUAUGCAGGCCAUGGUAGAUGCCAAUUAUUUCAAGGAAAUUAUUGUCUACGAUUAUCAGUCGUUGUGUCCGAAUAGUACGGAUAGGUUCAAUGAUGCCAAUACCAUGUUGCAUCCCCUGCAAUUAUUUAGCAUGGCCUGGAAAUGGCUUGUGGCCAAGGUCUUUUGGCAUUACAGUCGCAUACAAAUGUGGGUCCAGGGAGCACCAUACCUCGACUACAGUGACAAUGUGGAGGAUGACUACAGCGGCCUGAAUGAACCCUAUGUUGAGGUAAAGCCGAAGAGUGAGGGAGAAGGCGAAGAAAAGGAACAUAUCUUCCACGAACCACCACCAGAACCGGUCUAUGUUCCUUGCGACAAGAAAGUACGCCUGUUCACCCUGGAUCCAGUCGAGGUGCAAAAGGAACGUGACUUUACACAUCUACCCAAUAGCCGACCUUUCCAUGUUAAGAAAAUACCCAAUUCCAAUUUGUUACUAAUAGUCAUAGAUGUCUUGAAACCCUCCAAGGGUAACAUAGAUUUGUCUGUCGAACCAACAAUGGUGGUAUAUGAUACGGAAUUUCCCUGCUAUAAGCUGAACAUGAGUUUCUAUGAGCGUCGACGCAUUGAGGAAUGUUUUACGGAGGAUGAAAAUGAGGCUCUCUAUACAUACUGUGGUGAUGCAUCCUCAAUAUCACUUAGCAUGAUUCUGAUGAGCAUUGGAAUGGCGAUUGUGCUGCUGGUGCGAUUAUUACAAGCUUAAAAUGGUAGUUCCGGAGAAAAAAAAAACAAAUUAACAUUAUUAGCCAAAUAUAUUUUUGUAUAAAGAUUGUUUGUGUGAGAACAACAUUGUUGUCACAACACUCAAUUCCAUGGGAGGAUAGCCUCCAAAAACCAAUUUGCCAAAAUGUAAAAGUACCAAAGAAAACGUUUUUUUUUACAAAUUUAUAAAAUGCCAAAUGAAAAACGAACCGCCUCUCCGGCGUCGUAAAACGUCCAACGUCCACAAGAAACUAGAACAAAAAGCCUUACACACUAAUAGUUAAAUGUUUUUUUUUUUUAAUUAUAUUUUUAUUUGUUAUAACCAACAUAAACCCAGACUUUUAGCAAAGGAAAGUCCAUUUUGAAAAUAUAUUUUUUUAUUCAAUUAUUUUGUAUUGUAUUAACAAUAUAUACAAACAAAUACUUUAAUUUUUUUUUAUGGAAUUUUUGAAUUUUUGUUGAAGAAAAAAAUUAUUUUUUAUACCAAAAAGUAAAGAGAUGAGGAUGACACCAACCAAAGAAACUACUAGUCUAUUACCACCUAAACCAAAAAAAAACAAAACCAUAUAGCCAAACAAAAACAACAACAACCAAGGAAUCCUAGUUAUAAAAAAUACAACAACUUUAAACAAGAAGCCUUAUAUUUCUUAGAAAUUAAACCAAAACAAUAAAUAUUUCUAAUUUUCUUUGUCCAGUUACUUUUUUUAGAACUUAAAAAAAAACAAAAAAACCAAACAAAUUAUGAAACUCUAAAUGCCUUUACCUAUAUAUUUUUUGUAUAAAAAUUAAGCCAAGCUAAAUGAAACGAUACGAAGCCACCCCCACUAUAUUUUCUAUCAGAACAACAAACUUAAGUAGUCAAUAUUAGAGACGAGGAGUAACUCUUUGAGCAGGACGCACAAAAACGGGAUUAUAGCGAUGAUAAACAAACAACCACCUCAAAAAUAUCCCUGACCAAAACAGAAAUCCCAGAUUCAAUACUUAAGAAAAAAUAGACUUCAAAUCAAAAAUAGUUUUGGGAUUGGGAAAUGUAUACUUAAAAUAAAUAGGAAAUUUGCAAUUCCCACUCAGAAGAGGAUACCUAAGAGAUGAGGCCAAAUCAGUUUCCAUUUAAGCCAUAUUCAAUUUUUUUACAAAUUUCUAAACUUGUCUAUUUCAAAUUUAAAGCAAAACGAGA